UCGCAGCAGCAGCUCCUCCAUGGCGCUGAACCUGAGCAAAAACGGGCCGGCGCUGCAGGAGGCCUACGGGCUGGUCGUCGCCUCGACGAGCCCCACUGACUGGGCUCUAUUUACCUAUGAAGGUAACAGCAAUGACCUGAGAGUGGCUGGCACUGGAGAUGGUGGUCUGGAGGAGAUGGUGGAAGAACUCAACAGUGGGAAAGUGAUGUAUGCUUUCUGCAGGGUGAAAGACCCCAACUCCGGUUUGCCCAAAUAUGUACUUGUCAAUUGGAUUGGUGAAGGUGUUAACGAUGUGAGAAAGGGAGCCUGUGCCAACCAUGUCAGCACUGUAGUGAACUUCUUAAAGGGCGCUCACGUGACGAUAAAUGCUCGGGCUGACGAGGAUGUGGAGCCCGAUGUUAUCAUGGAGAAAGUGGCCAAGGCGUCGGGAGCAAACUACAACUUUCACAAAGAAGGCAGCAAGUUUCAGGAUGCUGGUCCUCAGGCUCCAGUGGGAUCUGUUUAUCAGAAAACAAAUGCCCUGUCUGAGAUCAAGAGAGUCAGCAAAGAUAGCUUCUGGGCCAAAGCAGAGAAAGACGAGGAGAAUCGCCGGCUAGAGGAGAAAAGAAAAGCUGAAGAAGAGCGUCAACGUCUAGAAAAAGAACGGCGAGAACGCGAAUUGCAGGAAGCAUCUUUACGUGAGCGUAGAUUUAAAGAGCGAGCCAAUGAAAUUGAUGCUCAGAAGAAAUUCCAGCAACAACAGGAAACUGAGUCAAGGGAUAAAGAGAAACAACAAUGGAAGGAGCAGGAGGAAGAUCACAACAGGUUGCAGAAGAGUUUCCGAAGGAGUGAGUCUGUGGAGAAAGCUCAGGAAGCAGCAUCACUGAUAGCACAAAGAUCAAUGAAUCCCCGGGAAAUCUUCAAGCAAAGGGAGCGGUCCAUGUCCACAGAAGCAGCAGCCAUCAGUUCUCAGCCAGGCAAGUUACGGAGCCCUUUUCUGCAGCAGAACAGCCAAGCAGAAACUCCCGUGUCCCCCGUCCGUCCCACUGUGCAAGACGUUUACCCUCCUCCUGUUGUUCAUUCGUCUGUGCAUGACACACCUCCAGUCUCUCCUGUUCCUGAACUUGGUGAUUUGAUCAGGCAGGACAAUUACAAACCGGCCCCUCCGGUCUUCCAACCAGAGGCGGAACAAGACACUGUGUAUGAAGAGCCCCCUAGCGAACGAGUUAUCUAUGAUGAGCCCCCUCAGGAUCAGCCUGAAGACACUAAUUAUGACUAUGCUGAUAACUACCAGCAGAACCUUAACUUGGAAGGAAAAGGUUUAUGUGCUCGAGCGCUGUAUGACUAUCAAGCUGCUGACGACACAGAGAUCUCUUUUGACCCUGAGAACAUUAUCACCAGCAUUGAGAUGAUUGAUGAGGGCUGGUGGCGUGGUUACGGUCCAGACGGACACUUCGGGAUGUUCCCUGCCAAUUAUGUGGAGCUGAUUGAAUAGGCAGCCGGCCUUCGCCAGAGGAAGGAUGCGAGCAAUACCUGAAAAGAAGAGUGCUGUCCAGUCCGAUCCUUCAAGUUGAAAUUGUAUUGGCUUAAAAGAGUGA